AUGACUGGAGGAGUGCCCGCGCCUCGAAGACCGUACGAUCCAUACUCAAACACAUACAAUCCAGGGUGGAGAAACCACCCUAAUUUCAACUAUGGGAAUAGACCACAGAAUUCAUUUUCAAAUCGUCCACCGGGAUUCCAGCAACCAUGGCAACCAAAACCACAACCUUCGUCAUCCAACUCAGGAAGUUCUUUGGAGGAUAUUAUCAAGAGCCUGGCCACGAGCACCACUCAGUUCCAGCAGGAAAUCAGAGCGGGAAUGAAAAAUCUGGAGACUCAAAUAAGUCAUAUGACCACCGCGAUUAAUCGCUUGGAGUCCCAAGUUUUUAGGAAAUUAUCAUCGCAACCCGAGGAAAACCCCAAGAAUGUAAGUGUCAUGACAUUAAGGAGUGGUAAACAAGUGGAGGGGCCUAAGGCCAAGAACCUGAAAAAUAAGAGUGAAGAUGAGAUCAAGAAGAAGAUGAAAGAAGAAAGAUGCAUCCGUGGAGACUCUAAGGUAGCUCUUACUCCAUCUGUGCCCAUUAAAUAUAAUUUACCCCCUUUUCCAUGCAGGUUGGAGAAGACGAAAAAGGCGGAGAAAGAGAAAGAGAUCCUGAGAGUAUUCAGAAAAGUAGAGAUCAACAUCUCUUUGUUGGAAGCAAUCAAGCAAGUACCGAAGUACGUGAAAUUUCUCAAGGACAUGUGCACCCAUAAGAGAAAGUUGAGAGGGGAUGAAAGAAUAGCGAUGAGAGAAAACGUAUCAGCCAUACUCCAAAGAAAACUCCCACCCAAAUGUGGGGAUCCAGGUAUGUUCACGAUCCCUUGUAAGAUAGGAAAUACACCUAUCAGGAGAGCCAUGUUGAAUUUAAGGGCAUCAAUCAACGUGAUGCCAAAAAUCAUUUACGCGUCCCUAAAUCUUGGGCCAUUAAAAGAAACGGCCAUCAUAAUCCAACUAACCGACCGCACUAAUGCCUACCCAGAGGGGUUAGUUGAGGAUGUCUUGGUUCAGGUAAAUGAAUUAGUCUUUCCUGCAGAUUUUUAUAUCCUGGAUAUGGGAGAUGAGAAAUCAUUAAAUCCGUCACCUAUUUUGUUAGGUAGACCAUUUCUUAGCACUGCCAGGACUAAAAUGGAUGUGAAUGAGGGUCCUUUAUCAAUGAAAUUUGAUGGCGAAACUGUAAACUUUAAUAUUUUUUAG